GCCCCUCCGCUCCUCCAGUCCAGGCCCCUUGCCUCCUUCCUCAACCCACCUCUCUCUCUUUCACACACGCCUCUCCCUCCUCCUCUCUCUCUCUCUUUCUUUGUCUGUGAGGCAGCCAUUUCCGCUUCCUCUCGUGGGGGGCUUGCAGCGGUAGGAGGGAGAAAGGGUGGCUGCUGCUGCUGUUUCGGUGCGGCGGAGAUGUCUGAGGUGUCGGUGAUAAACCAGGCGGAGGUGGAGGAUGCCGGCCAGCUGGACCUGCCGCCGGGCUUCCGCUUCCACCCCACCGACGAGGAGAUCAUCACGCACUACCUCACCCACAAGGCCCUUGACCACCGCUUCACCUCCGGCGUCAUCGGCGAGGUCGACCUCAACAAGUGCGAGCCAUGGCACCUCCCAGGCAGGGCCAAGAUGGGGGAGAAGGAGUGGUACUUCUUCUGCCACAAGGAUCGCAAGUACCCGACGGGGACCCGGACCAACCGCGCCACGGAGACCGGCUACUGGAAGGCCACCGGCAAGGACAAGGAGAUCUUCCGGGGCCGCGGCAUCCUCGUCGGCAUGAAGAAGACCCUCGUCUUCUACCGCGGCCGCGCCCCGCGCGGCGAGAAGACCGGCUGGGUCAUGCACGAGUUCCGCCUCGAGGGCAAGCUGCCCCACCCGCUCCCGCGCUCCGCCAAGGACGAGUGGGCCGUGUGCAAGGUGUUCAACAAGGAGCUCGCGGCGCGGGCGGAGCCAAUGGCGGCGGCCGGCGCGGAGCUCGAGCGCAUCGGCUCGUUGGGCUUUAUCAGCGAGCUCCUCGACAACGCCGAGCUGCCGCCCCUCAUGGACCCUUCCUUCGGCGGCGAGGUGGACGAGGUGGUCGACUUCAAGGGCGCGUCCACGUCCGCCCACCCCGCGGCGCCGGGCGCGAGCUACCUGCCGGUCAAGAUGGAGCAGCAAGCGCCGCUGCAGUACCACAACCACCACCACCAGCAGCAGGCGCCGCCGAUGUUCUACUCCAGCCAGUACUUCUCGCUGCCGGCGGUGAACUCCGGCGACCUGACCCCGGCGAUCCGGAGGUACUGCAAGGCGGAGCAGGUGGCCUCCGGGCAGACGACGUCGGUGCUCAGCCCGUCCCGCGAGACCGGGCUCAGCACCGACCCCAACGCCGGCGGCGGCUGCGCGGAGAUCUCGUCGGCGGCGACGCCGUCGUCGGCGUCGCACCAGUUCCUGCACGAGCUCGACGACCCGCUCCUGCACGUCGCCGACUUCUGGAAGUACUGAAGCCCGGACGGGCGAUCGGGGGCCGGGGCCGCCCACCCGCCCCGAUCACAUGGUUUGGUUGAUUAAUUGCUUGAUUUGAUUGAUUAUCUUGGCCUCUCCUCGCCUGGGUUGGUGACAGUCCGCUGACGCGUCGCCGAUCGUCACCGCCCCCGCCAAGCCCGGCCGCUCCUGACUUCAGGUCUGACUAGAUUAUUAUCCGUCCAGACCGCCAGGGGAUUAGGGCCUCCUUGUUAAUUAAUUCCCCCCAUCCUAGGUUCCUUGUCUUGAUGUAUGUACAUAGUACUACUCCUACUGCUCUGAUUGUGUCAUUAGGGAGGUAGCACCAAUGAUUGUUGAUAGGAUUAAUGAAUGGGUGUAGAUUAGGGGGGGUGCUCCUGCAAGUGCAGUGCAGUGCAGGGUGGAUUUACGAAUUGAUUAGUUAAUUUGGGCGCUUGAUGAGCCAGCUAGCGCUAGCUUUAUACUAUGUACAUGUACCGCCAUUAAUUGCUGCUUGAGCUCGACAUGCCAUUAUGUGAAAAAUUGAUGAUUCAGUUAACCUC